AUGAUUACUUCUAAAAAUCGAUUUAUUCAAGACUGUAGAAAAUUAGUUAUUGUUGGCGAUAGUAUGUGCGGUAAAACAUCUCUUUUACUUGCUUUUAAAGAUAAUCAAUUUAUUCAAACUUGUAAUGCUACCAUUUCUAAGACAUACGCAACUGAUAUUCAAGUCGAUGGACAAACAAUUGAUUUAACUCUGCUUGACACAGCUGGUCUAGAAGAUUAUAGCCUUUGUCGUCAAUUAUCCUAUCCGAACGCACAUGUUGUUAUUAUAUGUUUCAACGUUAUCAGUCCAAUAUCAGCUAGAAAUGUUAUUGAUAUAUGGACACCAGAAAUUCGACAUUUUUGUGGUCAAUGUCCUAUAGUAUUAGUAGCAUGUAAAAAAGAUCUGAGAACAGAUUCACAAAUAAUUGCAAAAUUAAAACAAGAAGGUGAAAAACCGGUGACAAAUGAAACUGGAAAACGUCUAGCAACAGAAAUCAAAGCUGAUGUUUAUAUGGAAUGUUCAGCUAAAACUCGUGAAGGUGUACAAGAUUUAUUUAUUCAAGCUGCUCGUUUAUCACUUAAAAAUCGUUCUCGUAGAAAAUCACAUCGAACUUGUGUUUUGUAUUAA